GGAGCCGAGCGGAGUAAAAUGGCUGCCGCAGAGGCCGGGCCCGGACAGUGUCGGCGGCGGCAGCGGCCGCGCCUCCUCUUCCUCCUCCUCCUCCUCUUGUGUUGAAGUGGGCGGGCGGAAAGGCCUAGCUUCCCGGGGGAGCUGGGUAAUUAUGGCAAUCGCUCGGGAGGGGCUGCCGGCCAAAGGGUCUUUCGCGGGGCUGGUGCGCGAGCGCGUGUGUAUGUGUGCAAAAAAAGAUUUGCAGCUCCUGCAGUCAUGGAAGAGGAGGAGAAUCGACGCCCCCCAGUAAGGGAGGAUCCUGCACGAGGUGGCGAGAAGCCGGCCAGUGAACCUUCUCUCGAUGCAGAUUGGGACCAAUCGGGAGCCCUCUGUGCUGGCCAAGCUAUUAUUCUGAAAGCUUUGCAGCAAGCUGUGGGGAGCAGCCUGCCGGGUGAACUGCAGGAUCCAGCCAGUGAGAAAGAUGCUGAAUGCAAGCACACAAGCCGGAGGAAAUUGUGCAAGAGCUCCAGAUCCGAAGGACUCGGAGGAACCUGGCUGGGAACUGGGGACCCUGCACUGGCCUGCGAUAGGAAUGCCACAAUGGGUGAGGUCCUUGAGGCUCCUUCUUCUGAUGUGGUGCCUGACUUGGCUGGAGUCUUUGACUACCUGGAGUGGACUUACCAUUUCCCACAGGGAGUAGAGAGCUCCGUAGGAACUCAGGCAGUUUACGGGGAUGAAGAUAUGGAAGAAGUGGAGCUGGUGGCUGAGGUGCGGCUGGGGGAUGUGGGCGCCUUGUCUGGCAUCUUGAGAAGAAAUCUGUCUUGGAGGAGGCAGAAGUCUGCCUGCCUUGGAUUAUCUGCACCUUGCUGGAGAGGAAGCCACGCUUGUCCCCUUGGCCACCGUUCCCUUUCAGAGCAGCCUUAUCCUCUGGACUCACACAGAACUCUGCCUGUAAUGGACCUGGCUCCUUGGACUUCUCUUUUAGCCAGGAGCCAAGUUUCGCAGUCCCCUAAAGCAGACAGGACUUCUCCCUCACCUUGCUUGGGCAUGACUCUGGGUACUGGCACGGGGGUAUCCAGCGGGGGGCAGCAGCGCCCGCAGAGCGCCGCCAGCCGGGAAUCUGAAUCCCAGCAGCGUUCCCAGCCACCUCCCACCAACUCCUUGGACAAGGCCGAUUCCAGCACCUCUUCUUCGCCAUCCUGCUCUUCAUCGUCAUCCUCAAUCUCCUGCCACCAGGGCCUGCUGGGCGAAGGUGGCGGCGACUCUUCAAACCCCUGCCCCCCAAUGCGCUCCCCGGACUUAGAUAUUUAUGAUCCCUUCCACCCGACCGAUGAGGAUAACCUCAAUGGUGAUUUUGCCUUUGGCGACUCUCCCCACAAAGAGGCAGAGGGUGGGCGGCAUGACCAGAAGUACGACCCCUUCGACCCCACGGGCUCUAACCCCAGUUCCUCCAUCAGCACCCCUUCGCACGAGGAUGAUGACGAAGAUGAGGACGAUGAUGAAGACGACCCUGACCGACACCCUCCGGACAUGUCCCACAGCAUCAGCCGCAUCUCGGAAACAUUGGCUGGGAUCUACGACGAAAACAGCCUGAGCCAAGAUUUCCCCAGCUCGGACAAAGGGCAGGAAGAUUCUGAGCCAGAUGUGGAACCCGGUAGGGAUUACGAAACGGAGGCAGCCUGCUCUGCUGAGCUUCCCGAGGGCAAAGAGCCUCCGGGCGCCGAUUCCACUCUGCCUGAGGAGCUUCCUUCAGAGCAGGCGGAAGCUAAAGCCCCUGAGCCACGCCGCCGGGUCUUUGUGGUAGACUUGGCCCCCAAAGGACGCUUGGAUGCUGAAACCAAGCCGCAGCUGGAAGGGAAAGUGUCCCUGGAGGUGGUGACCGUGGGAAACGCCAAGCUGAGGAGUGGCGAGAAGAUGUCCAAAGGAGGUGGGCAUCAUCGGGCCGGACGCCGGUCAUCCAUGGAGUGGGACGGGAGUGGCGGCGGCGACUCGGAAAUUGAGGAAGGCGAGAUUGUCCAGCCAGAGGAUGAGCGCUAUAGCCCCAUUCGACUUUUCCGGAGCAGGUGCCGGCCUGCCGAACAGCGCACCCUGCGGGUGGUCGAGGGAGACGACUUCCUGUCGCUGCACGCAGACUCAGAUGACGAGGGAGCCCUACAGAUCGACUUCAGCGAGAGCCAGCCUGACCCCCGUUGGAAGGGCGUGGACUUGAGGAGAAAGAUUCUGACCCAGCGACGAGAGCGCUAUCAUCGAGCCCCCUCGCCCCUGCCUCCACCACCGCCGCCUCCGCCAGCCCCCAAGCGCCCUGCCUCCAAGUCUCACUCUGGCUCGAGCUCCGGCUCCUGCAAGAAAUUGAAAAGGGAGCGCAAAAGGUCACGUGAGCGCAAGGCCUCGAAAACCAAGGAGGCUUACGUCUCCCCGUGGAACCCGAAGAAGAAAUCCAAAUCGCGCUCGAAAUCCAAGGAGCGCCGGCAUUCGCACCACAGGGCUUCGCGGUCCCGCUCACAUCACCGAACCUCCCGGUCCUGGUCGCCGUCGAUCAGCACUAGCUUGUCUGCGGUUGGCUCCUCCCAUACCUCUGCUGAGCGGCGCAAGAGCAGGAGAUCAAAGUCGAAGGAGAAGCGCCGCGGCCGGCGCUCUCGGUCGCGCAGCAGCAGCCGUGCCCAUCGCAGCAGGCACAAAGAGAAACAUCGGGGGGAUGGCGGCAGGAAGAAGAAGAAGCGCUCCCGGUCUCACUCGCGGGAGAAGCAUCCUUCCCAUCGGUUGUCCAAGGAUAAGGAACGGGAGGUGCACCUGCAGGAGGAGCCCAAGUCUGAGAAGGUCCUGAUGGAACGGCGUAGAGAUGCACGGACUGUGGUGCCCCCAUCGAUCCAGGACCUCAACGACAACGACCUCUUCACCAUCAAGAGGACCAUCACGGUCAACCAGCAGGAGAAAAUGGAAGGGCUCUUGGAGACGCCGGAGAGAGCUAAGCGGGAAGUCCUUUACGAUUCCGAAGGGUUGAGCUUCGAUGCUUGCUUCUCGGACCGCGAGCCUGCGGAGGAAUCCAAAUCGGGCGGGGGGCGGCUUGCGGCCAAGGAGGACGUGGUCCCGUCCCGCAAGGACAAGCGGCCGGAGGAAGACAUCAAGCAGAAGGUGCCUAAGGAGAAAGAGCGCAAGAGGGCCUACCUGGAGGAGCGCCCUGGUGCCCGCGAUAAGUACAAAAAAAAGUUGAAGGAGGGACCGCCCUGUUCAGAACAGCAGGAGUUGCCCAAAGUGGAGAAAAAGGCCCGGCCGGAUCGGGACAAGAGUGGGAAAAAGAUCAAAGCUGGAAGCCACAAGGAAAGUGGCAAGUUGGGCUCAGGCCGGAAGGUGAAGCUCCAGUCCAAGGUGGCCGUUUUGAUCCGCGAAGGGGUCAGCAGCACCACGUCGGUCAAGGAGGUGGGUUCCAUUGGUGUGAAGUUCAGCCGCGACAAGGAGAGCCGCUCGCCUUUCCUCAAGUCGGAGGAGAAGGUGCUGAUGGUUGGGGCCUCAGCAGCUGGCCAAGGAGAGAUGGCCAACGUCAAGGAGCCAGGGUUCAAACCCAAGAAAGUCAAAGGGCUGAAGGCCAAGAUGGGCGUGAAGAAGCUGAAGGGCGUCAAGCCUAAGGGUGCCUCAGAGCCCAAGAAGAAGAAGAAGCUCAAGGUGAAGACUGGGCUAAAGAAAUCCAAAGCCGACAGCUGCAGUCAAGGCGCGAGCAGCCCCUUGAGGGUCAAGGAGGAGCCCUCGUGGUCUGGUUCGGAGAAAUCGGAGGUCACCGCCAAACCACCCAGCCCGCAGCCCUUGGCCCCAGACCAGGAGCUCACGCCCGACUCCCAGACGGUGGACAGCAGCUGCAAGACGCCCGAUGUCUCCUUCCUUCCUGAAGAGCCCCCCGUCGAGCCCCCCAGGGUGCCAGCAGACGAGCCGGAAGCCGACAGCUUGUCCGAGACCAAAGAGGAACAGCCGCUGCAGCCACCCCCUCACCCACCCCGCAGCUUGCCCCAGCCACCGGCCCCCAUGUCAUGGAACCUGCAGGGUGGGGUAGACUGCACCAGUGGCGUGUUGGCAUUGACUGCCCUGCUUUUCAAGAUGGAAGAGGCCAACCUCGCAAGCAGGGCAAAAGCCCAGGAGCUUAUUCAAGCAACCAAUCAGAUCCUGACCCACACCAAGCCCGCUGCCUCCUUGGGCCCCCCUCAGCCACCAGCACCGCCAGCCCACCCACCUGCCUCCCACUUGGCUGUACCGCCCGUCUCCUACCUGCUCCAGAGCUCCCUGCCUCUCGGAGGCUGUGGCUCCACCCCCACCACCCCCACCGGAGUCUUGCCCGGGACGUUGAGCCAGGCUUCGUCAGGCCCUCCCUCGGCGGCCAUAUUUGCCUCUUCCUCCGGCACCGAUCUGGGGAGCACCAGCUCUGAAGGGCGUGGAGACAGCGACAAGUACCUGAAAAAGCUCCACACACAGGAACGGGCAGUGGAGGAAGUGAAGCUGGCCAUCAAGCCCUAUUACCAGAAGAAGGAGAUCACCAAGGAAGAAUACAAGGACAUCCUGCGUAAAGCCGUCCACAAGAUCUGCCAUAGCAAGAGCGGCGAAAUCAACCCCGUCAAAGUGAAUAACCUAGUGAAGGCGUACGUUCAGCGAUACAAGUACUUUCGAAAACACGGGCGCAAGAUGGAUGAGGAGCCAGGCCCCACCAAGGAGAUCGCGGGGCUGGACAAGUCUGGCUUGCCCAUGCCCCCGCUCUGAUUUCCUCCCCAGGGGGGAAAAAAAUCAAAAAGAAUGGCCCUUCUUUAUGCAAAUAGGCUUGGCUGGGCCCCCCUCCCCCAGCCCCCUUUCCUGUGUGUGGGGCGUGUGGAAGGGAGGGGUUGGGGCGACCCGCUUUGUUUGGGAAGGGGUGGCAUUUGGAGAGUGCGGUUCUUGUGCAUCUGCUAUCUGCCCCUCUACAUUCAACAGUUUUAGCCACAAAUCGACUUUGUGUUUUACCCUGUAAAUACAGAUGAGAGGAUGGGACUAAUUUUUAGUUUCAUCACUCUCCAACCCGCCCCGCCCCCCCUUGAUACAAUGGGUGGAUGUUAUUCCCCCACCCCACACCCCACCUUAGUUUUUACUCAUUUAGCAUGUUUUUAAUUUGACGGUUUUAUUCUCGCCCUCCCUCCCGUCAGGAGUCAUGAAAGAGCAGUACCGUGGCCGGCCUGUAGAUGGCAACUUCCUGCCACACUGGGUGGGUAGCACAUCCCCCAUACUCCCCCCAGUUGUAAGUUCGUCUGCCAUACUCUUCCCCUCUCCCACCCCUUUCUCUCCAUAAAACUGCAUUUAGCCAUCUAAACCGAGCUCUGUCUCUGUGGUCCUUUAGUGAGGGGUGUGUGUGCGUGUCUAUGUACUUUUUUUGAGGGGGUGCACUCCCCCAGAACGCAGGUGGAUCACAUUUGUUGCUGCUACUACCACCUUGUGGAAGAACUGCUUUGGUUUUUUUAUUUUUUAAAGGGUGCUUGAGGCAUCGGGCAAAAUCUUGCUUUGCAGAUCACAACCCUCUCCCUGCCCUAUUCUCAGGGGCAACUGCAUCUCUGCACGUUAGAGUAGGCCUAGCAGCCUGGAUCAGCUCUUCAGCCUUUUUUUUUCCUUCUGGAGUUCCCAUUUUCUGAAUUCCUCCUCCAGGGCCUAAUGUUGAUUCUUUUGGCUCAUAACUACCCAUGAAAUCAGUAUGACACAUCGCCUAGGGAUGGGCGAUGUCAGCUUUUCAACAUUGUGAUGCACCGCCAGCCAAACAUCAUGAUGCAGUGGUACACUGCGGUGUUGCAAAGCGGAGGGAGGAACGAGCUGCAUCAGCCACGGCCCUGCGGCGAAAAUGCUGCCCCUCCCACUGAGGGAGCUUCGCCCCGGUGCUUUGUGGGGCUGCAGCCGAAGCAGCUUGUUCUUCCGCAUGGCGGAGGGGCUCAGGAACGGCAGCGGUUUCACCUGCGAUACACUGCUGGGUGAAGGCACCGUCGCGAUCUGGCCCUGGGUGAUGUAUCAAUGCAUCACCCAGGCCUAGUGUUGCCUGGUACUUAGUUGAACCCGAUCACAUUGUAUAGUAAUGGGGGUGGGGGGCUGUGGCCCCCAGUUGUCGCUGGACUCCAAAUUCCAUCCGCCCCUACCAGCAUGGCCAGGGAUGGGAGGUGUCUGGCAAAAUCUGGAGGGCCACAGCUUUGCUUUCCCCCCUCCCCUUGCUGUAGUUGGUCGACUGUACCCCUUUGAUCAUUGAUGUUGACAUCCCCCGAGGAUGCCCAGGGUCAGGUUGCCCAAGAAACACCUGAGGGGUGGGGUAAUACAGGGGUAGUCAGUGUAGUAGAGGUAUUGGGAGAACUACAGUUACCAGUAUGGCAAAUGGCUGAGGAUGAAGAGAGUAAGUAGGAGGGCACUACAUUGGCUAUCCCUGGAGGUAGUGUAUAAACCAGGGUUUCCCAAACCAGGGUCUCCAGCUGUUGUUUUUUUUGGGGGGGGGACUACACUUCCCAUCACCCCUGACCAUUCGUCCUGCUAGCUAGGGAUGAUGGGAGUUGUAGUGUAUACAACCACCGGUGGACAAGACUGCUGCUGAAAAGGGGUGGGUAAGGAAGAAACUUGCAAGGGACUGUGAGGAGGUCUACGU